UGGUUUUCUCCUGAACCAGUUGUGUUCCUUCUAUCUUUUCCCCACCUCUAUUAUCUACUUGGUUUCCUCUGCCUCUGCCUGUUCCAUAUCCCCUUCUUUCCAGCACUCUCUCUCUCUCUCUCUCUCUCUCUCUCUCUCUCUGUCUGUAGCUAAUUUUUCCCCGUUGCCCCACUCUCAGUCAGCAUGGUGAACAGAUAACUGCUAAGCUGAUGAACAUGGGCUCCUGCCUCUGCAAAGGUCACCAAGAGCUUCAAAAUGGCCAGCUACACCCCAUGGAAGAGCUUCAGUCCUAUGCUGAGGGACAGCCCAUUUUCAAGGAUAACCAACAGUCCUACAAUGGCAGCAUGUCAGAUAAAAGGAGCAGCAGUGGGUAUGACAUUGGAGAACUGGCUACGUCCUCCCUACUGGCCUCACCUCUUCACCUCCUUUCCUUUCCUUUCCUUCCCUUUUCUGCACCCAUUUUAAUCCCUCCAAUCUCCUCAGGACUGCUGGCCACAAUUAAGGACCACAUCACCAAACCCACUGCGAUGGCCCAGGGCCGGGUUGCCCACCUGAUUGAGUGGAAGAGUUGGGGAGGGGAGGCAACGUCUGGAGGGGGUCAGUGUGGCUGGACUCGAGAUGGAGGGGGCUGGGGAGGUUUAGGAGCAGCACUGCAGGAGGACGAGCAACUUUACUCCCACCUCACUGAUGAAAUAAAGGAAGCACGAUUUGCUGCGGGUGUCGCAGAGCAGUUUGCACUGGCUGAGGCAGCAAUGAAUGCCUGGUCCACACAGGACAUUGAAAAUCAAACCACAGCCAGCACAAUCCCAUUACAAGAUCCUGAGGGCCUCUAUCUCUCUCAGUUCCUCUUGGAUGGAGGCAGUCUGGGUGUUCCUCAGCACCUAUACAGGAUGCACAUGGAUGCUAAUGCUGACACCAGCUCCCUGGCAACUUCUCAGCGUCCUCCGUCCCAUUCCCCCAGUCAUUUUCACUCUCCACUGGACAUACAGCAUCCUCAAAUGGAGCAGAGAAUCACGCCAUCGGAAGAGUCCAUACGACAUGCAGACAGCAUUUCGCUGUCAGAGGAUGAGGUUUUUUACAACUAAGAUAUUGACUGCUGGUGACACAACC